AUGAAAGCACGUGGUAAAGGCGGCUCCAUUGUAAACCUAUCAUCAGUGGCCGGAAUGAUAGGCAUCAAAGACCACUUAGUAUACGGGGCGACCAAAGCGGCUCUGGACAACAUGACCAAAGUGUGGGCCCUCGAACUGGGCCCACAUAACAUCAGGGUCAAUUCGGUGAACCCUACGGUGACGUUGACCGAGAUGGGCGAAGUGGGCUGGAGUGACCCCGCGGUGAGGGACCCCUGGCUGGCCCAACACCCCCUCCGUAGGUUUUGUCAGCCCCACGACGUGGCCCACACUGUACUGUACCUGUUGUCCGAUAAGUCCGAUAUGAUUACCGGUGCUAUUCUGCCCAUCGAUGGCGGCCUAACAUGUGUUUAG